UCAGAUUUAACACAAGGGUGAAGCACCAGCUUUUAUCUCAUAUGUUGCUCGUAUACUGGAGCUAAUCUAAUCCUGGUUUAGUUUAUUUUUUUAUAACAAUUAAAUGCGUAUUUCUGUUAACUGGCAGUGAGAUUAACCAACAUUGUUUAACGAGAAACUUUGAUAUAUCAUUAUCAGCCUUGAUUAUGGAGAAGAUUAUACAAGUUAUUCCAUACAAAAUCUACAUAGUAAGCUGGCCUCAACCUUCAAACUGCCCACCAAUUCUUUGGGAUUUAAAUUUUUCUUGAAAGUCUUAUUCCAGGUUAAGAUUUUAUCUCAUGAUACUAUCCAACGGAACAACUGCUUAUUAUUAACAAGCUUUCAGUCUAUGCAUAAUAUUUAUCUAGACAUGGUUUGGUCUUUCGAAGCUAUCUAAAUCAAUGUGAGCUACCAACAGAAACAUUAGUUUUCACUGGAAUCGCUGCUUUGAUAAGGUUCUGCUUGCUGGUGAUGAUGUUACAUAUGAAGUUGAUGUUAACCCAAAAACGAAGUUAAACUCAAAAGGAAACAAAAUCUUAGGUGACUUUCAAUUUCUGAUGCAUUCAUUUUGUAUCGUUGAACUUAUCGUAUUUGAAUCAUUAUUUCUGUUAUUCUGUCAAUUUUUUAAUACUCUUUAGGAAUAAGAAAUAAAGGAUAAAUAAUUUUCAUAUCUCCAGCUAUUGUUUGACUAGUUGUGAUUUAACGAUGUCGCGCUCUUAUUGGGAGGAUAUUUUGUUGCUCAAAACUGAAAUGUCGGAUGGAGGAAUCUUCAGGUCAUCAUGGUCCAUUGGAAUGCUUGCAUUUAUUUGGUUUUAUUUUUCUAUUUUAUACGUUUUCUUUGAGAUUCGCGAUCGAUGGAAACAGUUUAGUUUAGAUGACAAAAACGACUUGGAAUACGAAAGUUAUUCAAUCAAACCAGGACAAGUUAAAAGAUGCUACACAGUUAGACUGAGAAGUGAUAUGCUUUCAUCAUCAUAUAGAGAUCCAUCCGCGUCCAUUUGCAUAAAAUUUUUCUUUCUUAAAGAAAGGAUUGGCCAGUUAAUGAUACCAAUUACUUCAUAUCGAAAGCAUGGUAAUAUUUACACUGAUCUCAGAGGGGUCCAAUACCAUGUCAUUUUACUUCAUUGGUAUACAACAUCUAAUCUAUCCAAUGUAGAUGAAAUUCGUAUUGCUCAUUCGGGUCAACCCGAAUCACCAGAAAUUUAUUUCCGUGAUCUUGAUGUCCGUGAACCAGAAUUGAAGAUUAGAAUCCACAGUGCAAUUUAUCGUAAAGUCGAACCCUUUCCCUUCGUACCAGGAGCUGGGAUAUCACUUACUCCAAUUCAAUUGAAUUCUCAAGAUUCAGACAAUUUUCGAUCGCCAUUUGAAAAAGUUACUCAGUCCGAAAUCAUAAUUUUUAUGUUUGUCCAGUCUAAUAUAACUCAAACAGCGAUGCUCUGGUUGCCAACUCUUUCACCCAAUACUAAAGUCACUGCUUUAAAUGCAAUGGUUUAUGGACUAAUUUUUUACUCAAUCACCACUUUUUUGGUAAUAAUGGCUGCUGCUUAUUAUCAAAUGAUCAAGAUUCAUCUAUCACCAUUGCGUAAAACCAAUUUAAAAAAAUUCCGUCACACAUUUUUCCUGGCUAUUUGUUCAUUUUCAUCAAUACUUUUACUCAUCGCAUCUGGCCUUGCCACUAGAUACCCAAGAUUCCCAAUUAAAUUUUGGCUUCUAUUUGCUAUUGUUGGACACAUAUUUCAAGCACUUGUCAUGUUUAUUGUUACUUAUUGGUACACUAAAAAGUUCAGUCUCGAACUAAAAGAUGAAAAAAAUGAGCAAAAUAUUUGCCAAGCUUUGGCAUUAAAACCGUUGAAACCUUUGACGAGAUGCAUACAACCAGAACUUCACCAGACCAGUGGCUCAAUCAGUCAACAAUCUGAUCCGAAAAGUCUUUCAAAAGAUAAGCCCUCUGACUUUACAAAUUAACCAGCUGCUCAUCUUGUUUUGAAUGCUUUGAAUUUCGCCUAUUAACUUGAUCUGAAACCAGCCUACAAGGCUAAGCCAGAGAUUGACUUUUUUGUUUAUUAUAAUAAAACCUCUAGCUGAGGAAGCAGCUUGGUGUGCCGCUGUGGGUACAUCAUGUUUGUGAUUACAGUGUAAA